AUGCAGCAGACUGGCAGUUCCAUAACGUCAGUGCAGCUCAGGAGGCUUGGAUUCGAACACCAUGUAGAAGAGAGUGCGGCAAACCCUGUUGAGAAAAACAUCUUUUUCCGCGUCUGCAAGCUUCUGACAUACAACAUUCGCCCUGUCUUCGUGUUCGAUGGGCCCAAUGCUCCUCCCAAGCGCGGUAGGGAAGCUGGGCGGAAAAAGAGUGAGAAGGCGUGCACUCUGCUAAAAGAGGCCCUAGAUGGACUUGGUGUCAGUCAUAUUGACGCUCCCGCGGAAGCUGAGGCGGAAUGCUGCAAACUUCAGAUCCUGAAUCUGGUCGAUGCAGUAUGGUCACAAGAUUCAGACUGUCUGAUGUUCGGUUGUACUUUCUGGAUCCGAGAGCUUCGAACGGCACGAGAGCCGGGGAACAACAAUCGUCACAUCGGUAAGACCAAGAAGGAUGAUAAAAGAGUCAGGGUGGUCCGAGCAGCAAACCUGAAAGUCGACGGCGUUCAUCUGAAGAAAGAAGGGUGUGUACUGUUCGCAAUGCUAGCAGGUGGUGACUACGAUGAAGUAGGUCUCAGAGGCUGUGGUACGAAGAACGCACUGGAGCUCGUCAAGGCCAGUCUCAGUUUCAGCCUAUGCUCCAGAAAAAGUCAGCAAGAAUGCGACGUAUGGCGAGAGAGGGUCUUACCAAAGUUCCUUGCGAAGCUAUCGAUCAACAUCGCCAUCCCCAAGACAUUUCCGAGAUUCGAAAUUCUACAAAUGUACAAGAACCCUAGGACAAACACGGACGAAUUCCUUAGGAACGCAUCGGCGCUCAGCUCGAACUUCAACCAGCCACCCCGCGAAGCGGAACUAUUACGGACGUCGUGUAUCUACUUCAACUUCUGGAGCAAGAAGUAUUACGACCACAUAGGUCCCGUGCUUCUUUCGCGCUUUCUCUCCGAACGAAACAGAUCCCUACCACGCGAGCUAGUACAUGGAAUUGAGCUUGCCAAUACACGUGCUAAGAAAUCUGAAGAAGAGCAAGAGCUAGCCACUUUGGAGAAGAAACUCAGUUUCUCGCCAUUUGGCGUCACCAUUCUAAAUACGCCAGCAGAGUUUGAGCGUCGUUACAGCACACGCCCAUGGAAGACUGACACUAGCUUCGACCCAAACCAGCGUGUGACAUGCGAGAUCCCUACCUUCUUACUGCAAGACACUCUGCCACUGAAUGAGCUUGAUAGAUCAAAGUCUGGAAAGAAGACACAGCCGCCCAAACGGAAGAGUGCGGGCGAAGCCGAGCACGACGCAGACGCAACACCGAAGAAGAAAAGAGGUCGACCUCGAAAGGAGACUACCACGCCCUCUUCAAUAUCAGCCACUUCGCCGUUGACGCCUGCUAGUCACAGCAACGCGGCGGUCGACCUGGUAGACUUGGAAGAAGACCAUGUCCAAGAGGCUAUACGCAGAAGCAUCCAGGAUCAGACGUCGAAGAGAUCGGGCCCUUCACCAUCUGCUCACACUCCAUCCAAAACCAGUUCGAGCACCUCGCGCGCUCUUGCGCACACGCUCAACGGUAGAAGCGAGACAUCAAGGCCAUCGAAACCUACUAUGACAUCUGGGAGGAGUAUCUGGGAGACCGAGUGUAUCGAUCUGACUGAGGAUUGA